AUUUAACUUUUAAUUAACUAAUUAGUUUCUUUUCUCGGUAUUUAUAGUGCUUAUAAUUAUUUUUGGCUUUACAUAAUAUUAUAUACUUUAUUUCAAUAACUAUAUUAUGCUUUAUUAGCAAACUACUUUUUGGAUAAAUGCAUCAAUCUCCAUCAAGAAUUUAAGACAACCCUUCUGGUACAUGACUUGCAUAAAAUGCCGCCAGAAAGCAGAUCUUGACAAUCAAACAUCAUGUUUUAACUGCUACAACUGCAACGAAUCAUCUGUUGAGACAAUUCCAAGGUGCCGCUUUCAAGCUCAACUAACAGACCACACAGGCUCACUAAUAGCAACGUUCUUCGGCGAAAAUGCAGAAAAGAUGUUAAAUUGUACCGCACAAGAGCUUAUUCACAUCCCAAGUGAUCAAAACAUAUCAUCGGUUGCAAGGCUUUCUACAGUGAGUAAAUUUUUUAUUUACUUAAAAGCAAGAGCGGAUGCAUAUAGUGGUGGGAGUCAAACCAAAUACAAUGUUAUCUCACUGCUCGAAAGUGAUAGUGAAUCAAGCACUUCAAAUACUACGAAUGAUACUUGAAGUAUCUGCAAAAUAAUAUAAAUAAAUAUAUAAAUUAUGUACAAAUAUUAUAAAUACUAUGUAAUAUAUAUUUAAAUAAUAAACAUCUUAUGUAGGACACGUUAUAUAUGUAAUUAAAACGCUUAGCAUUAA